AUGGAUGGCCACAGUGUUUUUCAAGGAAGAAAGAGAAGUUCGAAUUAUAUCGGGCAUAAAUUUGACAGAAAGAACCAUCAUUUGGGGCAUCCUGGUACGCCUUAUGCCUCAAGGCCCAAAAGGAGGAGAAUAAAAUACAGUGAUGAAGACCAAAACUUUCCUUCUGUGUGGGAAGAUGAUAAACAACAGGAGAGUGAACUGGGUCUGGGUGCUAGAAAUAGAAACCUGGACAGCUGGUUCAAGGUCACAAUUCCAAAUGGAAAAAAGUAUGACAAGACAUGGCUAAUAAAAUCAAUCCAGGACUUCUGCAGUGUGCCUUUAAACGUUGUUGAUUUCCACUAUGACAAAAAGCGGGCCCGGUUCUUUGUCCAGAAUGCUAGAACUGCCUCUGCAUUGAAGGAUAUCAGCAACAAGAUCUGCGAUGAGACAAGCCAAAAGAUACCUAUCUUGGUCACUCCUUCUAUUGUACCCUAUUCUGUGCAGAAUAAGUUCACAUCAGAACAAAUGGAGGUGCUAAAGGUGGCUGUGAUGAAACGAUAUGAUGCCUCUCAGAAAUCUCUGGACCUCCAGAGGUUCCGCUUUGACCAAGACUUGAUGGACAAUGAUAUUGACAUGAUGCUGAAUCGAAGAAGCUGCAUGAUUGCUACACUACAGAUCGUUCAAAGAAAUAUCCCUGAACUCUUGGCCUUGAACGUGUGCAACAACAAAUUGUACCAGCUGGAUGGGCUGUCUGAUUUGAUAGAGAAGGCCCCUCAAGUUAAGAUUCUGAACCUCUCCAGAAAUAAACUGAAAUCAUUUUUUGAGUUGGAGAAGGUGAAGGAUCUAAAUCUGGAAGAGCUGUGGCUAGAAGGGAACCCCUUCUGCAACCAUGUCUCCGAUCAGUCUGACUAUAUAAGUGCCAUACGGGACCUAUUUCCCAAGUUGUUGCGCCUGGAUGGCAAGGAGCUAAUAUUACCAGCGGAGCUAAUAUUACCAGCACAAAUGGACAUAGAAGUCCCCCAAGAAACACGUACAGAUUCUGAACUCAUAAAAAAUCUAGUUCUACAGUUUCUGAAGGAGUAUUACUUGUGUUAUGAUAAUGGUGAUCGUUUUCGUCUCCUUGAUGCUUACCAUGAUGAGGCCUGCUUCUCCCUGGCCAUUCCUUUCAACUUCAAUGACCCAGACAUGAGCAACCUGGAAGAGUAUUUCAAAUAUAACAGAGAUAUAAAAAAGCUGCAAGACUCAUACACACGAAUGCGAUUGCUGAAGCACACAAAACAGGACAUCGUGGACUCUCUUAGUUUGUUACCCAAAACUCAGCACGAUUUCUGCUCUUUCUGGGUGGACUUGUGUUUACACACAGACAUAAUGCUCUGUUUUUCGGUCAAUGGAUUGUUCAAGGAAGUGGAAGGAAAAUGUCAAGGCUGUAUUCGCGCCUUCACAAGGAUCUUCAUCGCGACCCAUUACAGCAAUUCAAGAAUAUGCAUCAUGAAUGAUGAGCUGAUUGUGAGGAAUGCCAGCCCCAGAGAGAUCAAGAAUGCCUUUAUUUCAUUGCCACCAGCCGACACUUCUUCCAAGCCUCCACUCUCUGAAGAGCAGCAAGAAAUGGUGAAGUCUUUCUCUGUGCAAUCUGGAAUGAAACUUAAUUGGUCUCAGAAGUGUCUUGAAGACAAUGGAUGGGACUACACCAAAGCUGCUGAGGUCUUCACCAUUAUGCAGAAUGAAGACAAGAUCCCAAAGGAAUUCUUCAAAUAA